CAUUGGUUUAUUCACACACAUAAUAUCAGUCAUACAAGUACACAUCCUCCCACGCCCGUACUCUCUUUCCCCUUAAAUAUCCCUCCCCCUUGAAUAGCGGUAGUGAGUGUUUUGUCGUCGGACCAACCUCUUGAUUAACGUGCGAUCGGACAGGUGCGCAUGCGAUGAGACGUUUCGCGCUUUUGUUGCUACUCUUCUUCCUCUGCGGAGCAGGGGAAUCAUCACCGGUGAUUCGCGAGUUUCACAUAGCAGCCGUUGAAAUUGGAUGGGACUACGUUCAUCUGGACGUAGUUGAUACAGCGUCAGGCGAAAGGAUAAGGUCGAAGGAUGCGCCACAGAAAUAUAUUAAAGCUGUGUAUAGAGAAUACACCGAUGCCACUUACUCUGUCCCUAAAUCCAGGCCGACAUGGGCAGGUAUUCAGGGUCCAGUGAUUCAUGCCCAGGCUAGUGACAGGGUGGUGAUCCACUUUAAAAACCUGGCAUCCCAACCCUACAGUAUCAGCCCAGUGGGGGUCACAUAUUGGAAGCAGUCAGAAGGAGCGGGGUACGAGGACUCCACGGCGGGCCAGGAGAAGCAGGAUGACGCUGUCCCUCCCGGAGGCUACUACCAGUACGUGUGGGACAUCAGUCCCCGAGACGGGCCGACCAGCAGCGACCCAGACUGCCUGACCUACUCCUACUCUUCCCAGGUGGACUCAGUCCGAGACUUCAACUCAGGGCUCAUCGGAGCUCUGCUUGUCUGCAAAUCAAGUGCCUUCACCAAAGACGGAGUCAGGAGGAGCAGAGAGUUCAUCCUGAUCUUCGCAGUUUUUGACGAGACCAAGAGCUGGUAUGGAGAGAUCGGAGAGAGGAGAUUUAGAGAGAAAUUCAAGAAGUCCAGCAGCAGGAAACAAUACCACACCAUCAACGGAUACAUCAACUCAACUCUUCCAGGUCUGACCAUGUGCCAGAGUCGUGAUUACGUUUUCUGGCAUCUGAUUGGAAUGGGCACCGCUCCAGAGAUCCACUCAAUCCAGUUCCAGGAUCACACCCUGCAGGUAAUGUCCCAUCGCAAGGUCUCCUUGGAGAUGAGCCCCAUGACCUUCACCACGGCAGAGAUGAAGCCCAGCACCGCAGGACGUUUCCUCAUAAGCUGUCAGAUCAAUGCCCACCGCCACGAGGGCAUGAACGCCCUGUUCACAGUGGAGGACUGCCCUGAGCCUGUGACCAUUCGACCCCCUGACCGGCGCCAGGUCAAUCCCAACAAUGACGACAAGGAUUACAUUGACUACUAUGGCGGGGGGGAUUACGGUAAUGGGGAGGAGCUCUUCUCCACGCUGGUCCUGAAGCCGGUGAAGGUUACAGCAGAGGGACGCUCCAGCAAAGGGGGGCGGUCCAAGACCUGGGUCCACUACAUUGCUGCUGAGGAGGUCAACUGGGACUAUGCCCCUCACCUACGCCCCGGAGACAAGUUGCUGUCCUCGGAGUUCUUCCCAAGUCAUCCCCAGCGCCGGAGCUACCAGUAUAAGAAGGUGGUAUACGUGGAGUACACAGACAUCAGGUUCACGACGAAGAAGACCUCGUCUCAGAGGCUGCUGGGACCUCUCCUCAAAGGAGAGAUUAACGACCAGUUCCAGAUUAUUUUCAAAAACCUGGCAAGUCGGCCUUUUAACAUGUACCCAAAUGGCCUCACCAGGAUCUAUCCACUGAGAAGGACAGAUAAUGUGGCUGAGAAAGACCUGCGCUCCAUGCAGGUGCCCCCCAAUGGUACAUUUGGCUACCUGUGGAGGCUGACCUCUGAGGACGGCCCCCUGGAGGGGGACCCUCAGUGUCUUACCAGGCUGUACCAGAGCACCGUGGACCCCGAAAGGGACCUGGCCUCCGGCCUGGUUGGGCCCCUCCUCAUCUGCAAACACCAGGCCAUCAACCGUAAUGGAAAACUGGUGGGCCCAGACAGAGAUGAGAGUCUGAUGUUUGCAGUGUUUGAUGAGAACAGAAGCUGGUACGCAAAUGAGAACAUUCAAAAGUACAGUCAGGCCCCUAACAUGGUCAACCCCUCAGACCCAGACUCCUACAACGCCAACGUCAUUUACAGUGUAAAUGGCAUCAUGUUCAGCGGGCGCCAGUUCCUGAUGUGCAAGAGUGACGUGACCUACUGGCAUGUGGCCAACGUGGGGACGCAGAGCCGCUUCUUGUCUGUCUACUUCACAGGAAACCUCUUCCAGCGAGAUCAGGUGUAUGAGUCCGUCCUUACGCUGUUCCCCAUGUCAGGGGAAAUGGUUCCUGUUGAGUCAGAGUUAAGUGGUGAGUGGGAAAUCAGUGCCUUUGAUAGCAGCCUAAAGGGUCGUGGCAUGGCCGUGCGGUACACGGUGCGGUCCUGCCAGGGAGACAUCCCAUUGGCAGAGAAUGAGGAAACAGACGACUACGAUGGCUUUGCUGACUACCUGGACACACUAUUACCCAGGGGGCUACAAAGCCAACCUCGCAACCGCACUGUGGCAGUCAGGGUUUGCAAGAAACCCACCCCUGCCCAAAACUCCACAUCUUCCCAGACAGGAAACACCACUGGCGAUGCUGCCAACGAUAUCACUAGGGAGACAAGUGAGGAAAAGUUGGAGUGUGAGGUCAAGUAUGUGAUUAUGCCUCCAUCAGAGGAAGAGGAGGCAAACCAGAUUCCUCUGGAAGUCUUGGCAGAAUUGGAGAGAGACGGUGGGAGGACACCAGCCCUGGUACCGCAGGGCAGAGACUCAGGUCCAGGGAACAGGAGACUGAGGCGCCAGGCUGCUGAGAGAGAAGGAGAGGGUGUAGCAGAAGGAGGUGAGGGUGGAGUGGAGGGAGGAAAGCUUGAGGUAGAGGCAGGGGGAAAGGUAGUUCCUGAGGCAGAGGAAAGGGGGGGUGAAUUUGGGACUGAGACCGAAGGGGUAGGACAUAUUGAUGGGGGGCUGGGAGACAAAACAAUCAUAUGGCAGACUGAUAGGGCCGAGACUCAGGAGAGCAAUAAUAUCCUGGAAGACUGCGAUCCACUAGAUCCCACAGAUCCAUUAAAUCAACUCACAGAAGGAUGGAGUGAUGAAGGUUUCGACCAGUACCUGGAAACCCCAAACCAUAUUCAGUCUAGACCAGAACAAACGCUCCUAGACUGGCUUGACCUCGAUCACGCCAACAUCUCGGCUAAUGACACAGCUGCGUCUGGGCUGGAGCUGUCCUUGGAGUACGAUGACUACCACGACACGGUGAACGCCACAUCAGAGGGAUGGAAUUCAGAACAGCCAGAUGUCCGAUCCUCAGGGGGGCGUUACCCAAGCUACUAUAUUGCAGCUCAGGAGGUCACCUGGGACUAUGGGAUCAGAACCCCUCCUCAGCUCAUCACACCAGAAGAGAUACGUCGAGGGAUGAGGAAGUUUCUGCCACAGUAUAAGAAGGUGGUGUUUCGAGGUUACAGAGACAAGGACUUCCAGCACCAGGUGACCCGCGGAGAGCUUCAGGAACACCUGGGUAUCCUGGGACCCUUGAUCCGAGUAGAGGUCAACGACCUCCUGACCGUGACAUUCAAGAACAUGGCAUCCAGGCCCUACUCUCUGCAUCUCCACGGGGUUUAUGACCGGAGCCAGGAGGGCAGUCUGGCGGGGGAACCUGUUCCGCCGGGGGAGGUGCGCGUGUACACCUGGAGGGUCUCUAGGACCCAGGGCCCCACCACCUCCGAAUUUGACUGCAAGGCAGGGGCCUACUACUCCACAGUUGACAAGGAGAAAGAUCUCCACUCAGGUCUGGUAGGUCCUCUGGUUGUCUGUAAGCCUGAUACCCUGGACACUCUCCUCAGACUGCAGCCUGGCCUCCAGGAGUAUUCCCUGCUCUUCCACACCUUUGACGAGACCCAGAGCUGGUACAAGGAGGAGAACCUGCAGCAGUACUGCACCCCGCCCUGCCACGCCCGGCCUGAUGAUACCUGGUACCAGAGCAGCAACAAGUUUGCAGCGAUUAAUGGCUAUGUGGCGGAGACACUUCCUGGUUUGCUGGUUGCCCAGCACCAGCCAGCCAGGUGGCACCUGCUGAAUGUUGGGGGUGAUGGGGAGUACCACGCCGUGCAGUUCCAUGGCCUACCCUUCAGCCUGCACAAGAAGAAGGAACACCGCAGGGGCAUCUACAAUCUUCAUCCCGGCGUGUUUGGCACAGUAGAGAUGAGGCCGGGCACUGUGGGCACCUGGCUGGUGGAGUGUACUGUGGGGGACCACCAGCUGGCUGGCAUGAGAGCAAAGCUUCUGGUCUACGACCCAGAAUGUGCCCAACCCCUGGGGUUAAGGUCGGGAAGAAUCGAGGAUCAUCACAUAACAGCAUCAGAUUCCAUAGAUAACUGGGAGCCGGGACUGGCCAGACUGGAGCUGUCAGGAAGAGUGAACGCUUGGAUGGGCAGAAAUAAGAAUUCCUGGAUACAGGUGGACCUCCAGAAACCCACCUUGGUCCACGGGCUGCAGACCCAGGGAGCCAGAACCUCUCUGGGCCUGAAAGACUACUUCAUCAUGCACUUCAUCAUCUCCUACAGUCUGGAUCUGGAGACCUGGACCACCUAUAGAGGGAACAGCAGCACACACAGAUAUAUCUUCAACGGGAACAUUGAUGGCUCCAAAGUUAAGGAGAACCGUCUCAGUCCUCCAAUUGUGGGACGCUACAUCCGCAUACAACCAAUCACAAUCCAGAGAAACCCUGCCCUCAGGCUGGAGCUGCUCGGCUGUGAUGUCAACAGCUGUUCUUUCCCACUGGGUCUGCAGAGAGGGCUGCUGGUUCCAGACAGCAGCUUUAGCGCCUCUUCCUUCCGAAACACCUGGAGGCACUCCUGGCCUCCUGCCCUAGCCCGCCUGCACCAGGAGGGCAGCGCCAACGCCUGGAGACCCAAGAACGACAACCCGCAUGAGUGGCUGCAAGUGGACUUCCUGAAGGUCAAACGUCUCACCGGAGUCGUGACCCAGGGGGCAAAGUCUUUGCUCACCCAGAUGAUGGUGACGGAGUUCUCAGUGUCGAUGAGCGACAACGGCCACACCUGGUCCAGUGUGUUGGAUGACAACUCCCAGAGAGAAAAGGUCUUCAGUGGUAACAGUGAGCCUGACGAGGAGGUGCUGACCAUGUUUGUCCCUCCACUGUUCGGCCGCUACAUUCGCAUCCUCCCCCGUGGCUGGGUCAACCAUAUCGCCCUCCGUCUGGAGUUCCUAGGCUGUGACACCCAGCAGCGCCUCUGAGAAACACAGCAAAGAAACAAGCAGAGGCCCCUGUCACGGAGCUGCAAGGGGCUGGAAGUGCUGCUCCGCGCUGUGGCCCAACACUUUAUUGUAAUGGUUGUUUCUGUUGUCAGGGCAUUAUGGCAAUAUUUUAUUAUUAAAGUCAAACAGUCAUAGUCUU